GAUCCCAACUGCCGGGUGCACCGGGGCCGCCCAAUUGAGGCUAUCGCGACCUAUCGAUUCGCUAGCACGCUGCAGUGCUCCAGCCAGCGCUGCGCGGCGGCCGGCCGGAGCAGGGCCCCCCAACAAAUCGCUGCUUCUUUGUCGCUCCCAAGACUUUCUGUCGCACCUGCCUGCCAUUGUUUGCUCUCCGUGGUCCCCCACGCGCACUGCUCCCCUUUGCAUUUGCUGAGAGCGAGCCGUUCCUGCAGUGUCUGCCCGCGGACAGUAAUCAUCCUCCCACCCCACCGUCACCGUCACUGUCCGUCACACCAGGCCGUAGACCCCAGCUCGUGACCUUCCCAAUGCCUCCCCUCUCCUUCUCCUCCUCCUCCGCAUCCAUCCUCCGCGGCUUCUCUCUCCUCACAUCUGCUUCUCGGCACACCACCUCCAGGUCUCUUGCCUCUGCCCUGCCAGCUGCGCUCCCUCGCUUCAACACACACACAACUGCUCUGCGAUACUGCUCGUCGCACUCCUCCUCUUCCUCUUCCGCCCCGACGCCCUCCACGCCCACAAACACCCGCAGCUACUCGCUCAACGCCGCCAACAUGUCUGGCGAGGACAUUGACAAGUAUCUCAAGCACUCGCACGACAAGGUCUUCGAGUACAACCAGAAAUGGGCCGAGCAGAAGGCCAAGGAUGACCCAGAGUACUUUACGAAGCUCUCGGCCGGCCAGACCCCCGAGUAUCUGUACAUUGGCUGCAGCGACUCCCGCAUUCCCUUUGAGCAGAUCUCAGGCCUCCAGCCCGGCGAGGCCUUCAUCCACCGCAACAUUGCCAACCUGGUCGUCAACGCCGAUCUCAACGUCAUGUCCGUCAUUAACUACGCCGUCCGCCACCUCGAGGUCAAGCACAUUGUCGUCUGUGGCCACUACGGCUGCGGCGGUGUCAAAGCCGCCAUGACACCCAAGGACCUGGGCCUGCUCAACCCCUGGCUGCGCAACAUCCGCGACGUCUACCGCCUCCACGAGAAGGAGCUUGACGACAUUACCGACGAGCCCCAGCGGUACAACCGCCUUGUCGAGCUCUCGGUCCUCGAGCAGUGCCGCAACGUCAUCAAGACCGCUGCCGUCCAGCAGUCGUAUGCAAAGAAGAAGUUCCCCGUCGUCCACGGCUGGGUCUUCAACUUUGAGAACGGCCUCAUCAAGGACCUCAAGAUUGACUUUGAGGGUCUGCUGCACGACAUCCAGAAGAUCUACAACCUUACCGAGUAGGGUGGUCCCAGCGACCUACGGACAAAGGAGAGUCGCGUUAUUGUCGAAUGUAGGAGUAAAAGAUUGUCGAAUGUUGCGUGUUUGGUCGAUCAGGCGUUGAAGGAGAAGGGAAAGGCGUCAGGGGAAAGCAAAGAUAAGCAAGGUAGUUCAAAUAAGCACAAUCCAGGAAGUGGCCAGCAAGGUCACUGUCAUAUAUGUAACCGUUGUCGUUGCAGUCCCCAUUGAACAAGCUAGGAUGGCUGGGUGCUGGUGUGCGUGUGUCCUCGAAGCCACCCAAUGACAGGCGUGCCAGUGUGACGGGGCAGGGAACAUCCCCGGGC